AUGCCCGAAAAGGCAGAAGAUUAUGUCCGUCAAGGGAUCGAGCUUCAUGAGAAUGGAGAUAUCUCCAAAGCUACAAAUUACUUUCGAAUUGCUGCUGAGUUAGGCGAUCCAGUGGGCAUGCUAAUGUAUGGAUUGUCCGUUCGACAUGGCUGGGGCUGUACAGCGAACCGAGUUUUAGCAUUCCAGUAUCUUCAAAAGAGUGCAGAGCACGCUGUCGGCGACCUUCACUCGAGAGACUCGUUCGCAAGUUCUGCAGCCAAAGGUGAACUAGUACUAGCGAUCUAUGAACUUGGUAUCUGUUUCCGGCAUGGAUGGGGAGUUGAGAGGAACAAAAAGACUGCAGCCUAUUAUUUCGAGAUUGCAGCGAACUUGGGUGACCCUGAUGCUCAGAAUGAUCUUGCAUGGUGCUACUUCCAUGGCGUGGGUGUUAAGAAAGACAUGUACAAGUCCGCAAAGUACUAUCGAAUGGCUACAGCACAAGGAGCUGAACUAAUGGGCAAUCAAUGGAUCUGGAAGGACAAGUACGGUGGGCCUUCCAAUUUGGCCACUGAAAAGACUCAUUCAUAA